UCCUGCUGCGUUAGUUUACAGUCAGUAUUGAAUAUGCGCGGACGUGAAUACUUAACCUCUCUUUUGUUUCUCCUCGUAUUUUCCCAAAUAAAAUGCGAAAAUUGUAUGAAACUAGAUAUAUCCAUCACGCAGAAGGUAGAAAAUGAAGGUUUCCAUCGUGAUGUUCGUUGGUUACUUGAAACAACGAACCCCAACAACACUGAUUGGAUACAAUCAGGCUGCAAACUUGCAGUACACAUCAACGUGAAUGCAGGAAUGUUCGUUAGCAAAGACCAACUAGCCGAACUUAAUCGCAAUUCAACUAUUCUUAUUCGAGUUGAUGGCAAUGUGAAUAUUGAAACAGCUGCACAUGACUCCACAGCACACAUUGCUUACAUCUAUCUGCCUCAGGAUGAAAUUGAGAGGAUUAUGUUCAGUCUACCAAUACAUUUAAGAUAUCAAAGGGCACAGAUUACCGGAAAAUAUGGAAAAGUAUACCUGGACAAACCGACCGUUUUAGUUCGUUGCCCAGCUGAUAUAAAUCUAUGCGGUAAAAGAAGACCAAUUCUAGAAGCACCCUGCAGUUUUGCAAGCGUGAAUAAAUGUCAGUGGAGAAACACUACUUAUCAAGCUCUAUUCCAAGACGUGGAAAUGUUUGUACCCAUCGGUGAUUUGGAUGAUUAUCCAUUGGUGUCAAUUGUAUCACUUCUGUUGGGUUGCGCCGGAUGUAUUUAUGUCCUAUCCAUUCUUUCCACCACACCAAUAUAGAGUAAGGGUGUAAAUAUUGUAUAAUUACUGCAAUAAUCGCAAUAUUGACAGAUAUAAACUAGUCAUGUGUAAAAUGGUUAUGCUUGAUAAAAUCUUCUGCGAA